GCCCUGAGCGCCGCGCGCGCACCAUGAACUCGUGGGACGCGGGGCUGGCGGCGCUGCUGGCGGGCACCAUGGGCGUCUCGCUGCUGGCCAACGCGCUGGUGCUGCUCUGCCUGCUGCACAGCGCCGACAUCCGCCGCCAGGCGCCCGCGCUCUUCACCCUGAACCUCACGUGCGGCAACCUGCUGAGCACGGUGGUCAACAUGCCCCUGACGCUGGCCGGCGUGGUGGCGCAGCGCCAGCCCGCCGGCGACCGCCUGUGCCGCCUGGCCGCCUUCCUCGACACCUUCCUGGCCACCAACUCCAUGCUCAGCAUGGCCGCGCUCAGCCUGGACCGCUGGGUGGCCGUGGUCUUCCCGCUCAGCUACCGCGCCAAGAUGCGCCCCCGCGACGCGGCGCUCGUGGUGGCCUACACGUGGCUGCACGCGCUGGCCUUCCCCGCCGCCGCGCUCGCCCUGUCCUGGCUGGGCUUCCACCAGCUCUACGCCUCCUGCACGCUCUGCAGCCGCCGCGCCGACGAGCGCCUGCGCUUCGCCGUCUUCACGGGCGCCUUCCACGCGCUCAGCUUCCUGCUGUCCUUCGUGGUGCUCUGCUGCACCUACCUCAAGGUGCUCCAGGUGGCCCGCUUCCACUGCAAGCGCAUCGACGUCAUCACCAUGCAGACGCUGGUGCUGCUGGUGGACAUCCACCCCAGCGUGCGGGAACGCUGUCUGGAGGAGCAGCGGAGGAGGAGGCAGCGCGCCACCAAGAAGAUCAGCACCUUCAUCGGCACCUUCCUGCUGUGCUUCGCGCCCUACGUCAUCACCAGGUUGGUGGAGCUCUCCUCGGCUGUGCCCAUCGGCCCCCACUGGGGGGUCCUGUCCAAGUGCUUGGCCUACAGCAAAGCCGCCUCGGACCCCUUUGUCUACUCCCUGCUGCGCCAUCAGUACCGCAAGAGCUGCCGGGAAAUCCUGGACCGGCUCCUGGACCGGUUCCUGCACCGGCGAACGCUGCGCUCCUCGGGCUUCAGGGCGGCUGACACUCACAACCACAACAUCCUGCCAGCCCCCGAGUGAGUGUCCACACAC